CAAGAGAUUCGAUCAGAAAUUCAAGAACCAUGCAUGGAGAUGAGCAUGGAAUCAGGUAAGGUACUACGGAAGUUAGUUUCAUCCAUAAGGGAAAUAACUCAACCAACUCAAGCAGAAAUCCACAUACACAACUCAAAAGCAGCUGCCAAAAAGCUCAAAGCCUCUCUCAAAUCAUCACGCGUGUGGGAAAAUUGUGAUCUUUUGACACUCGUCCCGGCAGCCACCAUCGGAUCACUGCUCAUCGACGUCGUUGAUUGUACCGAGAAAAUUGCAGAGGCUGUUCAAGAACUUGCCUCUUUGGCACAUUUCAAGAGGGCCAAGCCUGGUAUGGUGUCUGUGGUGAAAUCAGAGGCCGCAGUACAAAGUGGAAAGGAAAAGGUGCAGCCUAAUAUUGGUAUUCCUUUUGUUACAAUACCAAUCAGUACAGGGUGAAAUUGAGAAUGUGAUUAUAUGGAAAUGAAACCAACAAAUAAUCAGCUUUGGUCUUUACGUCUUAUGAUUGUAGUAAAUUUGGUUGAGGCUGAUGUUGU